AUGUCAGCAGUUGAAAGUCCCGUUAUUGUGACAGAGCCCGGUUCGUUGAAGCCGCAGGGCCUCACUCAGACAGCUACAGGCGGAAAGUUUGGUGCUGCCGCUACAGUCAAAACCACUCCAACAAAAGCAAAACCAUAUGUGAAGCCGCAAAAUGCAAAUAAUUUGCAAAACAACUUCAAUCCGCGGAAAAUCUUCACCGAAUACAUAUCAAAGGAGGAAACAGAUGCCGGAAUCGAAGACGGUUCAAUGUUCAAAGGUGUCUUGCGGAUAAAUCCAAAAAACUAUCAAGAAUGUUUUUUGGAUCAUCCAAAAGGCACAAAUCAUCCAGAUGUUCUUGUUUUGGGCCAAGAUCGGAAUCGUGCGAUGCAAGGAGAUGUGGUGGCUGUAAAGAUCAAGCCAAAAGAGGAUUGGCUUGUAAACUAUGUGGAAUAUGUGAAAUGGUGGGCGGAGCACAAGAAAGGAGAUCGAAAUAGCGGCAAAACGGACAACAAUAGCCCAAAUAAAACAGAAAAACGAUGUCUGCGCAACGAAAUUCAAGACAAUGGAGUUACAAGUGACGAAGUUCCCGAUUCUUGUCUCAUCACCAUCGGAGCCAUUGUUCAUAUCCUUGAGAAGAAACAUUUCCGUGUAGCCGCCGGCAAGCUCCAGCUAAUGCCAAACAGCGCGAAUCCCAACGUGUUGUUCGUUGCUACAGAUUCUCGUGUCCCUCGAAUUCUCAUUCCAAAAUCCGAUGUGGAUAAGGAGUUCUUCUCACGCCCAAAGGACUUUGAGAGAUUCCUUUACACAGCUAAGAUCACUGAUUGGCGCGCUGAAUCUGUUUAUGCCGAUGGAAGACUCGUGAAGCUUCUUGGCAUGUCCGGAGAAAUCGAUACAGAAACUGAAAGAAUCGUCUACGAGCACCAAAUCGAUCACAGAGAGUUCAGCGACGAAUGCCUCGAAUCACUUCCAAUCACUACAGCCGAAAACUGGAAGGUCCCUGAUGCCGAGUUCGAGUACCGAAGAGAUUUCCGAAGUGACAUCGUUUUUACAAUCGAUCCAAAAACCGCUAGAGAUCUCGACGAUGCUCUUCACGCGAAACACAUCGAUGAUUGUGACGGAAAAGGAACUCCAGGCCUUGAGAUUGGAGUUCAUAUUGCUGAUGUUACAUUCUUCCUGAAAGAAGGUACAGAGCUUGACAAAUGGGCAUCCGAACGUGGAAAUAGUACUUAUCUAUCACAAACUGUAAUUCCAAUGCUUCCAAGAAUCCUCUGUGAGCAGCUGUGCUCUUUGAACCCUGGAGUCGAUCGCCUCUCCUUCUCAACUGUAUUCAAAAUGAGCUACGAAGCCGAGCUGUAUGAUGUUUGGUUUGGAAGAUCUGUUAUCAGAUCCCGUGUUAAACUUGCCUACGAACAUGCACAGGAUUUCAUCGAGAACCCGGAGAAGGACUUCACAUGCGACGAGCUUCCCGAUAUUUCAGAUGGAAAUACGCCUUUUGAGAUCAAGGAAAAGACUCUGAUGUUGCACAGAAUCGCGCAAGUUCUUCGACAAAAGCGUGAAGAUAGUGGAGCAUUGCGGAUCGAGCUUCCCAGAUUGAAAUUUGCAUUGGAUGAGGAUAAGAAGCCACAAGGAGUUUCUAUAUACGAGAUCAAAGAUUCGAAUAAACUCGUAGAAGAGUUCAUGCUGCUCGCCAAUAUGGAAGUGGCUAAAAAGAUCGCUGAAAAUUUCCCAGAACACGCCCUUCUUCGUAAUCACCCGCCACCAAAAGAGAAAAUGAUAAAGGACGUGGCUGAGCAAUGUGCAAGAAUUGGAUUUCCAUUGGACGGAAGAACGUCUGGAUUACUUUCCACGUCACUUCGCAAGUAUCAAGGAAAAUCCCGUUUGGAUAUGUGCAUUCGACAAGUAAUUUCCUCAUUGACAAUUAAGCCAAUGCAACAGGCGAAAUAUUUUUGCACUUUCGAGAUGCCUCUUUCAUUUUAUCAUCAUUUUGCUCUCAACGUGGAUCAUUAUACACAUUUCACAUCGCCAAUUCGUCGGUAUCCAGAUGUGAUUGUUCAUCGACAACUUGCUGCUGCUCUUGGUUAUAAUGAAAGAUCUGAAAGAGUUCCUGAAGAGAUACAGGAGAUUUGCACCCGCUGCAAUGACACAAAGCUCGCAUCGAAGGAAGCUUCGGAUGAGUCUGCGAUGCUCUAUUUUGGAGUUUUCAUCCAUCAAACCGGUCCGAUGAAGUGCCAAGCUGUUGUUCUUGGUGUAAUGGAUCUCUCAUUCGACGUCCUCAUCGUUGAGUAUGGAGUUGUGAAGAGAGUUUAUGUGGAUAAAAUGAAGCGAGACUUCAACAAAUCGACCGAGAAGCUUACCAUUUACUGGCCAGCAGAUCCGAAUGCGGAAUCCGGAAACCGUGAAGAGUUUUCGAGCUCAAUUCAAAUGUGCAACGUGGUUUACGUGAUUCUCGUGCCGUACAAAAGCAUUGAAGUCAGCGCGACAAUUGUUCGUCCGAGUCUCGAGCAACGUAAUAUUCUCAAGUCGACUCUCAAGGACAUGAAAGAAACGGGCUCAACAAUUCUUCAGUAGUCAUUCGGAUUCAGUGAUCUCCUCCAGCAAAAGCUUUUUUUCCUUUUUCAAUCCUUUUUUCCCCUUUUUCUAUCCUUUUUUUCCCUUUUUCUAUCCUUUUUUUUCUCCUUUAUCCUUUUUUUCUUUAAAUUCCAUUUUCCCGUUGUAUUUUUUAAAACGCGUGUCCAUUCCUCGUCCCGGUUACUUUUGGUGUCGAAUGAAAAUGCAUUAUUC